UCAUAAGCAAAUCGCGCUAUAUUGAUUUUUCCAUUCGUAUUUGUUGAAUAAAAUACCUUAACAUUGAAAUUGCAUCGCGCGCAUCAAGUCCCACGCGUUUUGUAUACGAGCGAAGUUGGCUUCAAGGGCAUUCACCAGGCAUUCACGUCGUCUACUUCAAGUAGUACUUAUGUAUCGAUAAAUGUAGGAGAAAAAAAUACGCGAGCGACGGGCAUUCGGGGAGGCAAAAAGGAGAGCUGGGAAGGAUUACAGUGCUGUUGUUGAUGUUUAUGCGCGAGAAUGCCUGGGGUUUUCGAAAACACGUAGAUGGUCGUCCUCAGAUGCAUGGAACGAUGCACCAAACAGCAAGACCAGGGAGGGCUUCAUGCCUCCAGAUCCACUGAUAUGGUCACCAUGAAUUCAGAUAAGGUUUCUGCGAAGCGCAAGCCAGAGAUCAUUGGGUGCGCUGGGGGGAGCAAGGAUGACCCACCAUUUUUACCACUAUCAACCAGCAAUAGCAGCGAAGAAUCACCCAAUCAUUUAUUAUACAAAAAGAUGGAAAAAAUAGUUGAGAAAAUGCAAGACGAAACAAUUGGGGUCCCUGUGAGGACUGUGAAGAGCUUCAUGACGAAGAUACCUUCAGUCUUCACAGGGUCUGAUUUAAUAAUGUGGAUGAUUAAGAAUUUGGACGUCGAAGAUCAGGCGGAGGCUCUACAUUUGGCUCAUCUGAUGGCUGCCCAUGGCUAUUUCUUUCCUAUAGACGAUCAUAUGCUCACGGUCAAAAACGACGGCACUUUUUACAGAUUCCAAACGCCGUAUUUUUGGCCAUCCAACUGCUGGGAACCUGAGAACACAGACUACGCUGUAUAUUUAUGUAAGAGGACGAUGCAGAACAAGACACGAUUGGAGUUGGCCGAUUACGAGGCGGAGAACCUGGCUAGGCUGCAGAAGAUGUUCUCCAGAAAAUGGGAGUUCAUAUUCAUGCAAGCCGAGGCGCAAAGUAAGGUGGACAAGAAACGGGAUAAGCUGGAGAGGAAGGUGCUGGAUAGUCAGGAGAGGGCGUUCUGGGAUGUGCACAGGCCGAUGCCGGGUUGCGUAAAUACGACUGAAAUUGAUAUUAAGAAGGCUUGCCAGAUAAACAAACCUAUUCACGGAGUGAAGCUUGUGCCUAAGCUGUCUCCGUCCUCCACCGAACUGGGGAUUAAGCUUGUCGAAAACCUGAAGAAGCAAGUUGGUCUGAUGAGAAUCCGGCUCGACCGCCGCAACAUAAAAGUCUCCAAAGUCGCCGAGGCGUGUAUAGCGUAUUUCGAGCAAUACCUGGAGUACGACAGUUUCUUCGUGGCUCCGGAGUUCGCAAAUCCCUGGAUUUCGGAUAAUCCCGAGUUAUGGGAACAGGAAAAACUGGCUAAAGACAUAUCAGCGCGGCGCGUAAAGAGAUGGGCGUUUGGCUUGCAAGAGCUGUUGCAGGAUCCCAUUGGCCGCGAACAUUUCAUCAAGUUUUUAGACAAGGAGUUCAGCGGCGAAAAUCUGAAAUUCUGGGAAGCGGUCCAGAAACUGAAAGCACUGCCGCAGAGUGCUGUUCAGGAUAAGGUGCAGGAAAUAUGGGCGGAGUUUAUGGCGAGCGAUGCUAGUUGUCCCAUUAAUGUUGAUUCUAGGUCGUGUGAGGUCACUAAGAAAAACAUGGAGAAUCCCGACCGCUGGACAUUCGAUUAUGCAGCCGCUCAUGUCUAUCAAUUAAUGAAAAGUGAUAGCUAUUCUCGAUAUUUGCGAUCUGAAAUGUACAAAGAAUUCUUAAACGGGUCAAAGAAAAAGACAUCUGUUAAGGGAAUUCGUUCAAUAGUCUCGUUCUCUGCACGAAAAGAAACUAUCACCUAGUCAAGUAAGCCGUGAGAUUGAUUCGUUCACUACUGGACAAAAUUGUUGAUAUUCACGUUAACAGAAAAUAAAUAACCAACAAAAACAAACUUAUUAUAAUAAUCGUACGAAAUGCUUCUUCUGAUACAACAAACAAAAACAAAAGAAAGCAAUCUAGUGCAAGACCUUUAGGCAUUAAAACCGAAUUUCUCUUUCAUUUUAUACUUAAAUCAUUCAUUAUUUAAAUUGACCGUUUUGGCUCUUAAAUGGUUGUGAAACGAGGAAAAGCAUGGCAAUACAUUGUCGAUAAGCACAGUUCACAAAAGAACAAAAAAAAAACCUAAAAUCAACCUGCAAGUGCUUUUUACACGUAUACAAAUUCCGUAUUUUGGAAUUUUUAAAUACAAUCUUAAAUGAAAAUUUAACAAAAC